AGUUUGCUCAUCGAUGGCUGAUACUCGACCAUUCAAGAGAGCCAAAGUCGAAGGGACUAUACAUAAAAGGGUACCUCAAAGACCCGCUACUGUUCCAACCGACAUUUAUGUUUCCAAAACCAGUAAAACAACCGUGCUCGUGAAUCGCAUUAAACGAUUAAUGGUGAACGAAAAACGUCCGACAGUGACAUUGCACGGUUUGGGUGCCAUGGUGGUUCGUGCCAUGGGCGUUGCUUUGGCCGCUCAAGAACAAAUGAACCAUCAUGUGGAUCUCAAACCCACCACCGAUACUAUCAAGCUGAUUGACGAUGUGAUACCAGAAGAUAUGGACGAGGAUUUGGGAACCCAAGUCCGGAUGAAUUCUGCGAUUCACAUUAAAAUCAUUGCCAAAUCAAGCUUGGCAGAACUUCAACAAAAGGCCGGGCCUCUGCCGGCUCACCCCUCCCGAAAAAUGUAAAUAGCAAAAACGGUGUCUUAUUCGC